AUGCGCGUCUGUUUCGACACCCUCUGCUUUGGAUCGUCACAGCGAGCAGCUGGUGACGAUGAGCCGAGGGCCGUAGUAAAUACAGGAGGAGGAGCGCUAACUGUGGCGCCCACCGUAAACGGUGAUAGACGAGCAUUAGACGAAACGUAUCGAGAGGAAUUAAACGGUAUAAUGGGGACUCCUACGAUGAAUUUGGAUUCAGAGAAUUGUGUUUCUAACGCAGCGACUAGCGAAAUGCAACCGCUAGUCGAGAGAAUUAGAGAGUUGGAGGCGUUGUUGAAGCAACGCGAUCAGGAAAUGUUGGAACUGCGAUCGCAAUUGGACAAAUUGCAGAGCGUGUUUCCCUACCAGCAAUAUGCAAGGGGAUCAAGAGGUCCCAGGAAGCAGAGAGCCCAAGGUAUCUCAGCUGAACCGCAGACCAGCUCAUCUCUUCAGGACCUGGCUCACCAAACGUUCCCGAUCUACGAUAAGAGUGAAGCGUAA